UGAUAAAUCAGCCUAUUUAAUUUGUAUAAUAAUUAUUAAUUAGAGAUUGAAUUUGAAGAUGCAUUUGAGCGAGAGUGAGGGGAUUGAGAAGAAGACCUUCGUCGUCACCGGCGGCCUAGGUUUCGUUGGUUCCGCCCUCUGCUUGGAGCUCGUUAGACGAGGCGCCCACCAAGUCCGCUCCCUUGAUCUCCGGCCGGAAUCCCCCUGGUCCGACGAUCUCCGCCGUAACGGCGUUUCCUGUAUUCAAGGGGACAUUUCCAAGAAGCAAGACGUUGAAAAUGCAUUACAAGGGGCGGACUGUGUUUUCCACCUUGCUUCAUAUGGCAUGUCCGGCAAAGAAAUGCUUCAGUAUGGCCGAAUCGAUGAGGUAAACAUAAACGGAACUUGCCAUAUUUUGGAUUCUUGUCUGGAAAAAGGAGUCAGUAGACUUGUCUAUGUUAGCACAUACAACGUUGUUUUUGGUGGCCAAGAAAUCACAAACGGGAACGAAGCCUUACCUUACUUCCCCAUCGACGACCAUGUGGACUCGUACAGUCGUAGUAAAUCCAUAGCCGAACAAUUAGUCCUCAAGAGCAAUGGUCGUCCCUUCAAAAAAAAAAAAGGAAAAUUAUACUCGUGUGCAAUUCGCCCCGCUGCUAUAUAUGGACCGGGUGAAGAAAGACACUUACCUAGGAUUAUAAAGCUUGCGAAAUUGGGACUUCUUCUGUUUAAAAUCGGCGAAACGAAUGCGAAAUCGGAUUGGGUUUAUGUUGACAACCUCGUACUAGGACUGCUCUUAGCUAGCAUGGGGCUUUUGGACGACAUUCCUGGGAGAACAGGACAACCCGUUGCUGCUGGACAACCUUAUUUCAUAUCGGAUGGUUAUCCAGUCAAUAGUUUUGAGUUCCUUCGGCCACUACUCAAAAGUUUGGACUAUGAUGUGCCAAAAUCAUCAUUACCUGUGCCAAAAGCUCUUAUUUUAGGGAAGAUUUUUUGGGUUUUUUACUCGUUUUUAUAUCCAUGGCUAAGUCGAAAAUGGCUUCCUCAGCCGUUGAUUCUUCCUGCUGAAGUGUACAAGGUAGGUGUGAGCCAUUACUUCUCGUUUCUGAAAGCAAAGGAGGAAUUGGGCUAUCGGCCGAUGGUUAGUCCUCAAAAGGGUAUGCAAGAAACAAUUACGUACUGGAAGGAGAGAAAACGGAGAGAAUUGGAUGGGCCCACACUAUUGACAUGGAUAUUAGUUGUGAUUGGAAUGACAAUUCUAUUCUGUGCAGCAUACAUGCCUGCCUAUGGCCCUGUUCCCCUGUUUAGAGCAAUUAACCUUUUCGUCUUUCGUUCUAUCCGCACUGUACGAGUUGUUUUUCUUGUCUCGAUGGCUUUGCAUUUGGGUGAGGCUGUCUAUGCGUGGCAGCUUGCAAGAAAGUGCGAUCCUGCUAAUGCAAGAGGUUGGUUUUGGCAGACGUUUGUUUUGGGGUUUUUUUCGUUGCGUUGUCUCUUGAAGAGAGCUUGAAAAUGUUGUUGACAAAUUAAUUGUAGUAUUUGUUGUGUUGUAAGAAACUUCUUUGAAUUAUGACAAUGUGUAAGUAACCAAUAUUUCAUUUGAUUA